UUCCUGGGCUUAAGAAUACUUCUCGCCCUGCCCCUCCGAGGCAGCUGUGACUGCCUUGAAGAUGAAAAGCUUCCAAACAUUCAGAACCUGGGAUUGAUCAACUGCCUGAGCGGUGGGUGGGAACCCAGCAGAAACACCUGAAAAAAAUGGCUGUAGGCCUUCGCCGAUGCUCUCCUCUCCUCUUGCUGCUGGGGCUGUGGGCGCCAGUGUGUCUGCUUGGCACUCAGCCUAAGGGUCUCACCAAGGCGCGCUGGUUUGAAAUUCAGCACAUACAGAUAAGCCCUCAGCAGUGCAACACGGCAAUGCGCGGUGUCAACAAUUACACCCAGCACUGCAAGCAGAAAAACACCUUUCUGCACGCAUCCUUCCAGAAUGUGGCCGCCGCCUGCGGUUUUCCCAACAUCACCUGCAAGAACGGGCGAAAGAACUGCCACGAGAGUGCCAGGCGUGUCGGCAUGAUUGACUGUGCGCACACCGGGGAAACCUAUCCCGACUGCCGCUACCGGAGCGCCCUGAAGCUCAAAUUCUUCGUUGUGGCCUGCGAACGCCCAAAGAAGGACGACCCCCCCUACCAGCUGGUUCCUGUGCACUUAGAUGAGAUUGUCUAAGGCUUAGGGCACUUUUCUUCUUUUUGACACAGGUUCGUUUACCAAUGUUUCCACUUCGUCUUUGGUUCCCACAGAAAAAGGAAGGCAUUGGAAGACUUAGAAAGCUUAAGCUAUCAGAGCAGAGUUAAGAGGCUGCAGGGGCUGUGAUGUAGUUCAAUAACUGAGUACCUGGGCACAAAGGUCCCUGGCUUCCAUCACCAGCUCCCCUGUGCCCCCAAAAAGAAGAAACAGGAUGUUUUUUUUUCUGCUCUGGGGUUAUUUCUCUUGAGGGAAGAAUGUAGGGAACAGACAAAGAGGGUCCAAGCAGCUGAACGAUUUUUCUGCAGUUUUUUGGGUCAAGCUUCAUUGUAUUCUGCUCAUAGAAAUAAAAUUAUUUUUACUGUUUCAGUGUAA